AUGGCGACAACAGCUCAGUAUAUUCCGAGGAAUAACUCAUUGCCUUCCAAUCCACUCAUGCAUCCGGAUUCGGACAGAAUGCAUCAGGGGACAACCUACAGAGAGGUGCAGAAAAUGAUGCACCAUGAGUACUUGCAAGGGCUAGCGGCGACCAACACGGGACAUCCAAUGAGCCUGACGCAUCAUCAGUGGUUGCCCACCUCCAAUAGCGACUGGACCAGCGGAACCCACAUCGGGCAACCGGAGCACAACAAAGCCAGCGUUCAGGCGAGCAGAGAGGAUCUGGGAAACGGUUUCCAUCACAGAUCGCACCUAGUGCACCAGCAGACGCAAAACAGCCACCACGGAUCAUGGGCACCUACCACAUCACAUCAUUUAUCCCCGCUCUCCCCAGCCUCAAACGGUCACCAGUCGCUAGUCUACUCGCAGACGGGCUACACUAUGCUUAGUCCUCAGCCCGCCUCUCUGCACCACGGUAUGCGGGACCCGCUUCACGAUGACGCGGGUAGCCAUGACAACCAGAUGGAGUCCCCUCAGCAGCCGUUCAGCCACCACCAGGACCACUCGGAUGAAGACGCACCCAGCUCUGACGAUCUGGAGCAAUUCGCCAAGCAGUUCAAACAGAGGCGUAUCAAACUGGGCUUUACCCAGGCGGACGUGGGCUUGGCUCUGGGCACUCUCUAUGGAAACGUCUUUUCUCAAACUACAAUCUGUAGAUUUGAAGCUCUGCAGCUCAGUUUCAAGAAUAUGUGUAAACUUAAACCCCUACUUAAUAAGUGGCUCGAGGAGACAGACUCGAACACUGGCAGUCCAACUAAUUUGGACAAGAUCGCCGCACAGGGCAGGAAACGAAAGAAGAGGACCUCUAUCGAAGUCGGAGUGAAAGGUGCACUGGAAAACCAUUUUUUAAAGUGCCCAAAGCCCUCUGCCCACGAAAUCAGCACUUUAGCCGGCACUCUGCAAUUGGAAAAAGAGGUUGUGCGUGUUUGGUUUUGCAACAGAAGACAGAAAGAAAAACGUAUGACGCCCGUGGGUGUCCCUCAUCCGAGCAUGGAGGAUGUAUACUCACAGGCUGAAACUCCCCCUCUCCACCACACACUCCAGAGUCCUGUGCAGUGA